AUGGCCGGCUCAGAGAGACAGUAUUCUGAUUUCCAUCUGGCUGGCGAUUACCUCCUCGGGGGGCUUUUCUCGCUGCAUGCUGAAACUAUGAGCAACCCCCAUCUCAGCCAUUCGACGGUACCCACGUGUCAAGCGUACACGCUGAAGACAGCAGGCUACAGCUACCUCCGGGCCAUGAGGUUCGCAGUGGAGCAGAUUAACAAUUCCAGUACCCUGCUGCCUGGUGUCUCCCUAGGCUACGAAAUGGUCGACGUCUGUUAUUUCACCAACUCCAUCCUCCCCAUCUUGUAUUUCCUCGCCAACGAGCACUCUGUGGUGCAACUGCAGAAUAACUACACACACUACCAGCCCCGGGUGCUGGCUGUGAUUGGCCCAGACUCCUCACAAGCAGCUGUUCUUGUGGCCCAUGUAUUGAGUCUUUUCCUCAUUCCACAGAUCUCCUACAGGGCCGCCACUAAUGAGCUGAACGACCGCGAACGCUUCCCCACUGCCUUCCGCGCCAUUUCCAGCAUGGAGCAGCAGAUUGUGGCCAUGCUGCUCCUGCUGAAGGAAUUCCAGUGGAACUGGAUCAACAUUCUGUACAGCGACGAUGAUUACGGGCGGCAGAACCUGAAGCUCCUGUGAGCCAGGGCUACCGGGAUCUGUGUGGCAUUGCAGGACGUCAUCCCGGUGCCCCGCAGCAGCCAACUGCUCUCACUAGAGUUGCAGGGAAAGACCAAGACCAUUGUCAGCAAGGUCAACUACAGUACGGCCAAGGUGGUCAUCAUCCUGUCUUUGGAGCUGAUGCUACCGUUCUUCUUCCAAGAAGCUGUCCGCCAGAAUGUCACGGAUUUGGUGUGGAUUGCCGCCGAAGCCUGGGCCAUUGAGCUGACCCUGUACAACAUCACUGACCUCUGGAGGGUGGGCAGAAAAGAAUUCUCCAUUCCUGGUUUUGAUGACUUCAGGGUCAGCCUGGCAGAAGGAGCCAAUGGGCAGGCGAGCGACCAAACUACGUGCAACCAAGCGUGUGACUAGUGCCUCAGAUCUGCCCGAGACGCAGACCACACUAUGAGGGCCCAAGGGGAGCGCACAGACUUCAACGUCUACUCUUCUGUCUACAUCGUGGCUCACGCUUUGCACAGGCUGCUGGGCUGCAAUACCACAGGAUGCCACAAGCGGAUGGUUUACCCCUGGCAGCUAGUGCCAGAGGUGAAGCGCGUGGACUUCUCUCUGCUUGAGAAGAGGAUCAAUUUCAGAGAGAAAGGCAACACUCCGAACAGCUUCGAGAUCAUCCAGUGGAAGUGGGACCAACCAAGCAACCCUUUUCAGAAAAUCACCUCCUAUAGCACGAAGAACCAGAAGCUGCUGUUCAUCACCCAGAACAUCUCCUGGCACACCCCAAACAACACGGUCCCCAUUUCAGUCUGUUCCCAGCAAUGCGAGCCUGGGCAGCGGAGAAAGCCCACAAGUGUUAGCAGCUGCUGUUUUGAGUGUAUCGACUGUGAAGCAGGGACUUUCUUCAACCACAAUGACCUGUACAACUGCCAGCCUUGUCCAGCUGACCAGUGGUCCAGUGCCAGAAGUCAAGAGUGCUACCCAAGGCUUGUGAAAUACCUGCAAUGGCAAGAAGGCACUACAGUGGUGUUGCUGCUAUUCUCGGUGCUGGGCCUCAUAGCCACUAUAGUCAUAUCUGUCACUUUUGCCAUUCAUUCGCACACCCCCGUGGUGAAGUCCGCAGGAGGCAGGAUGUGCUUCCUCAUGCUGGCAUCUCUGAUCAUCAGUUUCGUCAACGUCCCCAUGUAUGUAGGGAUCCCGACAGAGUUCACGUGCGUGUGCCGGCAAACAGCGUUCAGCCUCUGCUUCACCGUGUGCAUCUCCUGCCUCACCGUCAGGUCUUUCCAGAUCGUCAGCAUUUUCAAGAUGGCUGCCUGGCUGCCCAAAGCCUACAGCUACUGGAUGAAGUACAAUGGCCAGUACAUUUUUAUAACCGUAAUUAUAGCUCUGAAAGUCACCAUCACUGUGACCAACUUUAUCAUCCACCCUCCUGCUCCAGUUCUGUUAGCUCAGGAGGACGACCCCCCUACAGUAGCACUGCAAUGCAACAAGAGCUACAAGUUGGCCUUGCUGAUGAACAGCAGCCUAGAUAUGUUUCUCUCUAUUCUGUGCUUCUGUUUUUUCUACAUGGACAAGGAGCUUCCCAAGAACUACAACGAAGCCAAGUACAUCACGCUGUGUAUGACCUGCUAUUCCAUUUCCAGGAUUGCCAUUUUCCUGGUCGUGUCUAGGUACAGAGGGGUGCUGGUGAUCCUCUGUGAUGCUAUGUGCAUGGUAAUCAAUUUGCUUGGGAUCUCCAUGCGUUACUUUGGCCCCAAGUGUUAUCUGAUAUUUUUCCAUCCAGAACGCAACACAGCUGCUUACGUCCAAACUGCCAUCCAGAGCUACACCAUGAGACAGGACUAACCAGGUACCUUGUCUUUGUAUGGAGACAGUCCCCAUAGCGAAAGAAGCCCCAGUUCCAACGUGUCUGUGUUGGAGGCGAGUCUUUAUCGCCUCAAGAAGUGCAUCAAUGCUUUGUAGAUUGUACAACUGUAUGAAUCUUGCAAAUUUCCCUCCUACCCCCUCAAACAAGGCAACAUGUACAACAACUAGGGUGGGCUGGAAAACAAGAGUCCUAUUUCACGAAACAACUCAAGGUUUUGACAUUUGUUUUUGUUCUGCAUCAGAACAAGAACUAAAUCGGUCAAAGUCUUCUGCAAAAAGAGAGUAAGCAACUCACUCCAGACAAGCCAACAGCCCAGUGGUGAGGGCACUCACUUGGAAUCUGGGUUCAAGGUGUGAGUCCCUGCUCUGAAUCAGAGCCUCAUUCCCAUAUCCCAGCUGAAUGCCCUCAUCACCAGGCUAUGAUGUCAAGUCUCCCAGUCUCGCCUGUUGUAGCUGUUCCAUUUUGUAUAAAUAAUUAAAUAUCCAUUGGGCCAGAUACAAAGAGACUGACACUAUAGCCUGGUCAUCAUGCCUCCCUUCGUUCCUGCCCCGCUUCCUGGAAUGUAGGACCUAAAUUCCAUCCUGGACCAGAGAAACCUUCCCAAUGAAACUUUCAUCCAAAGCAAUACAUUUCCACAAAGAGUUUUGCUUUGGAUGAAGUGGCCCUUCCCAACAAUAAAGUUGUCAUGAAGUUCACCCUAGGACAAGACAUUAAGGCCCAGCAUUUCCAGAAGUGGCUAGAAAUUCUGGAUGCCCCAAUUAGAGGCCUGUGGGUGGUCAGCAUCCCUAAAAUAAACCGGGCCCCCAAAGGGUGCUGAACUGAGCACUGAAACUCAGUAGCCAUUACUGAAAAUUUUGCCUUAAACAAUCAAAGCUGGAUAGCCGUGUCCAUAUUUUGAGUUAGUUUCUUCUAGUUGAUAAGGCCCAAGUGCAUUGCUAUGUGACCCUAUGCAAUUAGACAGGAUACUAUUAGCUUGGAGCUGCCAUAAAAAUCUUUUGAAAGCAGCCUGGCAAAGCAUAGGACUAGCAGCUAAUUCAAACCAACAAACAUGGCUGGAGCUUACUGGACAUCCUUAUUCCAGGUGCACAAAUCUGAUGCUGUUACAUUUUUCUGUUUG